GUCAACUCUUAACGAACUGCCAAAUAGAGUUUCAAACCAAACGAAGGGUCAACGGAGUCGUCAUCAACUCGGCUUGCUUCUCCGUUCGUCUUCCUCUCCCUCCAAAACAAGUCGUGGGUGGCCUUGGAACUUGGAAGAGAAAAACCCAACGAAGGCCUGAUGGAUUUGAUGUCUCAUUGUUCCAGCUUUCUUCUUCCUUCAACCCCAGUUGACAGCAACAAGCCUAGUCCAACGUACGCCCUUGUUGUGCUUAACCAAAGCCUCCCUCGAUUUUUCCCUCUAUUAUGGAAAGCAGCACAGUUGCGUCUUUGUGCAGAUGGAGGAGCCAAUCGCUUAUACGAUGAAAUGCCUGAGUUGUUCCCUCAAGAAAAUUCUGAACAUGUCCGAAACAGGUGCAAGCCAGAUGUAAUCAAAGGCGAUAUGGAUUCAAUUAGAACAGAUGUACAGGAGUUUUACUCAAAUUUGGGUACCAAGAUACUUGAUGAAUCACAAGACCAGGACACCACAGAUCUUCACAAAUGUAUAUCUUUUAUCCAAGACUUUAUGCCAGACAAGUCCAAUUUAUGCAUUCUUGUUACAGGAGCGCUUGGUGGACGGUUUGAUCAUGAGAUUGGAAACAUAAAUGUGCUUUUUCGUUUCUCGAAUGUCCGAAUAGUUCUGAUAUCUGAUGAUUGUCUCAUCUAUCUUCUCCCAAGGACUCAUCGUCAUGAGAUCCAUAUCCUGCCAUCUGUUGAGGGCCCACACUGUGGCCUAAUACCUGUUGGGGUAGCAUCAGCAAAGGCCACAACAACUGGACUCCAAUGGGAUCUGAAUGACACAGAGAUGAGGUUUGGUGGUUUGAUAAGCACAUCGAACAUCGUACAGAGUGAGAAUAUCACAGUGGAAUCGGAUUCAGAUCUUCUAUGGACGAUAUCCAUUAAAAAGUAAAAUGUGAAGUUCUGGGCUAAGUCGGUAGUG